CCCCAGCUGUCAUCAGUUUCCGCGGUCUAAACUUUCCGCCAGGCAGUAAACCCAGAUUCUACCUUAACAGCACUCUGCCUUAUUCUCUACGGAUACCUGCCCCUGCUCCCUUUUUCUUCCAUCUACUCCAACCGGGAAGAAAAGGCAUCCUCCUUUUUUUUCUUCUUGUUCCAUUGAGGGCAUUCUUCUACCGAGCCCGUCAUUCACCUUUGCUAAAUGACGGCCUUUUAAUCCACCUCUUCCCUUCUCGACUUUCGUUGAUCCCUUUUCCCACCACUCUGCCACUCGACCGACGCGAGAAAACCUCGCGUACCAUUCUCACCUUCCUAGGUGCUGACGACCGCUUUCCGCUCUCGUCGUCCACGUCGCCUGCUACCAAGUCGUAGCCGCCCUCGACGUUGAGUGGACGACAUUCGCAACCGCCCCGAAUAUCCCGACUAUCUCCCCCGAAUCGUUACCCCUUCUGCGACCAUGGCUGCCACCAAGCCAGUCCGCUCCCCGAGCCCCAAGCUCGAGAAGCAGGCCAACGGGGUCAAUGGCAUCAAUGGCAACGGCAACGGCUAUAGCAAACUCCCUGUCCAGCGCGAACCGAGCUACAAGUCCGACGGUGUUGAAGAUAACGAUGUCUUUCUCCUGCCUGUUUCCGAUUACCAGAUUAUGCUCGGCUUGACCAUCCUUUCCGCCAUCGUUCGCCUGUUCCGAAUCUACCAGCCCACCAGUGUCGUAUUUGACGAGGUCCAUUUCGGUGGCUUCGCUUCGAAAUACAUCAAGGGCAAAUUCUUCAUGGAUGUUCACCCUCCUCUGGCCAAGAUGCUCAUCGCUCUCACCGGUUGGUUGGCUGGCUUUAACGGCGACUUCGACUUCAAGGACAUUGGCAAGGACUACCUCGAGCCCGGCGUUCCCUACGUCGCCAUGCGCAUGUUCCCGGCCAUUUGCGGUAUCCUACUCGCCCCUCUCAUGUUCCUGACUCUCAAGACCACCGGAUGCCGCACCACUACGGCUCUGAUGGGCUCUAGUCUGAUUAUCUUCGAGAACGGUCUUCUUACCCAAGCUCGUCUCAUUCUCCUCGACUCUCCCCUUAUGGUUGCGACCGCCUUCACCGCCCUCUCCUUCCAGUCUUUCACGAACCAGCAUGAACAAGGGCCCGAGAAGGCUUUCCAGUUGAGCUGGUGGUUCUGGCUUUUGAUGACUGGCCUUGGUCUGGGUACGACUGUCAGCAUCAAAUGGGUUGGUUUGUUCACCAUUGCCUGGGUUGGAAGCUUGACCCUCGUCCAGCUCUGGGUUCUCCUCGGAGACACCAAGAACGUAACGCCGCGCAUCUGGGCCAAGCACUUCAUGGCUCGCGCCUUCGCCCUCGUUAUCAUCCCUGUCGGCUUCUACAUGGCCAUGUUUGCCAUCCACUUCCUUUGCCUGGUCAACCCUGGCGACGGCGAUGGCUUCAUGAGCUCCGAGUUCCAGUCUACUCUCAACUCCAAGGGUAUGCAAGAUGUGGCCGCCGACGUCGCCUUUGGUAGCCGUGUCAGCAUCAGACACGCCAACACACAGGGAGGCUACCUGCACUCUCACCCCCUCAUGUACCCCACCGGUAGCAAGCAGCAGCAGAUCACUCUCUACCCCCACAAGGAUGAGAACAACCUCUGGCUCCUCGAGAACCAGACCCAGCCUCUUGGAAUCAACGGCGAGCAGAUCAACGGAACUCAGGCCUGGGACAACCUUCCCGAGCCUGUCUUUAUCAAGGAUGGCGAUGUCGUUCGCCUUUACCACACUCCCACGUUCCGUCGCCUUCACUCCCACGACGUCAGACCCCCUGUGACGGAGGCUGAUUGGCAGAACGAGGUGUCCGCUUACGGCUAUGAGGGCUUCGAGGGCGACGCCAACGACUUGUUCAAGAUUGAGAUCAUCAAGAAGCAGUCCCUCAGCUCCGCUUCCAGAGAGCGUCUUCGCACGAUCGAGACCAAGUUCAGAUUGGUUCACAUCAUGACUGGCUGUGUCCUCUUCUCGCACAAGGUGAAGCUCCCUGAGUGGGCCUCUGAGCAACAGGAGGUCACUUGCGCGAAGGGAGGCACCCUUCCCAACAGUCUCUGGUAUGUCGAAUACAAUGAACACCCUCAACUGAUCGGCGACAACGUCGAGAAGGUCAACUACCGUCACCCCGGCUUCUUUGGCAAGUUCUGGGAGCUUCAAAAGGUCAUGUGGAAGACCAACGCUGGCUUGGUCGAAUCUCACGCCUGGGAUUCUCGUCCUGACUCGUGGCCCUUCCUCAAGCGCGGUAUCAACUUCUGGGGCAAGGAUCACCGCCAGAUUUACCUCAUGGGCAACCCCAUCGUGUGGUGGAGCUCUACUCUUGCUGUCGUCGUUUACGUUCUCUUCAAGGGCAUUGCAACUCUCCGUUGGCAGCGCAGCUGCAACGAUUACUCCAACACUACGUUCAAGCGAUUCGACUACGAAAUCGGCACUGCGGUUCUGGGCUGGGCGUUCCACUACUUCCCCUUCUACCUGAUGGACCGUCAGCUGUUCCUGCACCACUACUUCCCGGCCCUCUACUUUGCAGUCAUGGCGUUCUGCUCGAUUUUUGACUUCGCCACUGCUCGGGUCUCGCUCGCUGGUAUCCGCAAGAACCCUGCCAUCAACCGCGUUAGUGCCGUUGCCUUCUUGGCGCUCACGAUCGUUGCCUUCGUUCUCUUCUCUCCUUUGGCCUACGGUAACGCCUGGACCAAGGCAGAGUGCAGCCGGCUCAAGGUCGUCGGCACAUGGGAUUUCGACUGCAACAACUUCUUUGAUGACUACUCUCAAUACACUGAGCUCCUCACUCGCACUUCCGCCGCUGUUGGAGCCACGCCGACACCUAUCAAGUCUGAGGUUCCUGCCGCUCCUGCAGGCGGGCAAGUCGGUCAGAUCCCCAUUGGCGAGGCCCAGAAGGAGCAGGCGGAACCGGCCGUCUCGGGAGCCCCAGGCCAGAAGGUUCUGUCCCGCGAAGAGAAGGUUGAGUACCGGGACCAGGACGGCAACCUCCUCGACGAGGAACAGGUGAAGGCCUUGGAGGGCAAGGUUGAGUUCAAGACGAAAUACGAGACGCGGACACGCGUCGUCGACGCCAGUGGAAACGAGGUUCAGAUGCCUGAGGGUGGUUGGCCCCAAGAGCAAAACGUCGCCCCUCCUCACCCCGAUGUUCAAGGCGUCGAUCAAGAGACCAAGUCCAAGGCCGACGACUCAGCCGCCGCGCCUAAGGUCGCCGAGAGCGUCCAGGGCCAGAGAGAGGCCGAGCAGAAGAAGGCCAAGCCCGCAAGCGAUGGCGGCAAGGAGGCUACUGCUCAGGAAGAGCUCUGAAUUGUCUAAUAGGGGAUGAAACUCUGGGCUGGGUUGUAAUGGCAUGCCCUGGAGUGUGUGCAACCCGAUGGGGGGAAGUUGAUCAAGUCAUCUUUGAUCUCACCAUUUUCUCUCCACGUCGAAUUCGCCCAUUGUAUACCAAGCCAUGACUAGGGGGGGUGGAAUGAGCAGGGCGGGAUGGGGGCCGACAAGGUCCAAAACUUUUCAUUUGUUGUUGUAAGAUUCAAAAAAGAAAUGACAUGUCCACUAAAACACU